AAAACUGCAUUCAAGGACCCAGCCCAAGUGCAAACACUUCACCGCUGCGACCAUCUCCAUUCUUGCUCGAGCCCGCCUAGCCCUUGCAGCUUCUCAUAUAUAGACACAAUGCUAUUACAAGGCCAUAUGGCUCGCUCCGGGGUGGCCCGCCGCUUGGUGGCUGGCCCACGCUGUCGACGCGUGGCGGUGCUGGUCCGCGCCAGCAGCAGCGCGGGGAGCAAGGCCGGGGUUAAGGAUGCUCUGGGCCAGCUUCGCCAGGGCCUGGCUGGCAAGCCCACCGUGGACCCGGCCUACCUCAACGGCGCCUCCUACCUCAAAACAAUUGGCUUCACAAACCAGGCCGAGGUGGCGCGUGUGCUGGACAUUGCCAUGAACCCCGACUCCCUGUUCCUAUCGUACGGCGACGGCCGCCGCACCAAGAACGCCAGCGCUCGCAAGCUGGAUGUGGAUGCGGACAUGAAGCCCGUGAUCGACUUCCUGCUCGAGAAGGGCGUCAGCGUGGGCGACGUGGUCAAGAUUGUGAGCGGCCACCCGCCGGUGCUGAGCUACUCGGUGUCUGACCGGCUGGGCCCCUUCUGGGACUACAUGACCAGCAUCGGCGUGGCGGACGUGGGCGCGGCGGUGGUCAGCCGCCCCUCGCUGCUGGGGCUGGACGUGGACGCGAACCUGCGGAAAAUAGUCGAGUACCUGCAGUAUACGGAGACGCCGCCGGAGACCAUCGUGCAGUACAUCUGCAAAUCGAUCUAAGGGCCCGUCUGCCUGUCUGCCUGUCCUGUCGCAGCGCGUGGCGGUGCUAGUGAUUAUGUUGUCAGUUUUGUGGAGCUCCGUGGUCGUGUGGCGGUGCUAGUGACUAAGCCGUCUGUUUUGUGAGCUAUGGCCUGACCUUGCGUAUCUGACUGUCAAUACCUCAUUUGGUACCAACGCACCGAGUUUUGGGGAGUGCGGGAAGGAGGCAAUGUUGUGAGAGUGCAAGCAGGAUGACUGGAUAAGUCCUUGCGUGGAGCGUGCUACGGAGUACGUGCGAACAAUGAGGUCACUAGAGGUCACCACAUACGGUACUCAUAGUUUUAAUAUCCUGCACGCUUGAUGAGUCAUUGGUCGUGACGAGACGGGAAACCGUCGUGCUCCCGGGGUGCUUGAUAACUCAGCGCCACAAAACUUGCAUGCUGUAAGUGCAAAAUGUG